AUGGAGAAUUCCACGGUCCCAAUCCUCCCUGAGCAUACCGAGACCCACUUCCUCGCAGAGGGCGCUGCCAACAUCGUAUAUCAGAUCACCGUGAAGUCUCCACCAAGCGAUGAACCUCGACAAACCGAGCUUGAGCAUUGUGGCGCCGGCACUCCACCUCCAAGUGAGAUUGAGCUUGAGACCGACUCCAUCGAUGAUAGUUUUUUUGACAAUAAGCUACUUCGGCUUCGCAAGGACCUUCCAACGACUUUACCCUGUGCUAUCGCUCAAGAUGCGUGGGUGCGGCUCAUCCGUCCGCUCUUUGCGGAGAGCCAACUGGUUUACCAGGGCAUCGUCAGUGUCAGAGCUGGUAAUAUCAUCUCUCGCCUCAAUAAGGAGCUCGAGUCGCUUCCCCGACUAGCCAAGCGCAGAGGGGUCAUGCUCGCCGAUGACGAUUACGGCUUGCUCGUGACGGCUAUGACCCCAGCAUCCCCGGGCGAGACAAUCGUCCAGUUCAAACCCAAGUGGCUCGUCCAAUCCCCCUCCGCUCCCUCAGAUGCCAGACGCUGCCGUACCUGCGCCAAAGUCGCCCGCAAAAACUCCUUGAUUGACCGGGAGAAUGACAUGACCGACGUGACUGGCAAGCCUAACCUGCCUCACGAGAAGACCUUCUGCCCACUGAAGCUCGUCUCCGGAAACCGUGAACACAUCGCCUCCUGCGCUAAGAUCAUCCUCGGGCCCCGGGCCACCCAAGCGGAACUCAAUCGUUUCGUCGCUUGGCUCAGCACAACCACACUGCUCAGACGUCUCCGCGACUGCCAACAAGCCAUGGACACUCAGGGUGUCAUGCAACCCGACCUCAGUAAUGAGAAGCUGUUAGUAGCCAUGACCUUGAGGGACUGUACCGUGUUCGUCCGCUUCCCCGACGGCCCGAUAAGGGAUGUGCGCAGACUCGAGGCUCGGAUCGGUGACCUGGACGUCAAGUCCCCCGACAAGGCCAAGUACUGGAAGGAUACUGAGAGGCCGCUAAUCGAGGAGGGGUGGUACGUCAAUGGGGAGGCGAUCGAGCGCACUCAGAAAAGCGACUGUCUGCUUCGUGGCUCGGGACCGAUGUGGCAUCGCAGAGGUGACGAUAUCGAGACCAGAUACAGCGCCGCGUUUUCUCGUAUGAGAUGA